GGGGCUCCCACUGGGCUAAGCCGCAGAGGCCGGCCCCGCCUCCCCUUCCCGCAGGGCUCGGAGUUGGCGCCCGGAGGCGGUGGGGGCUGGCCCCAGACGCGGGGAGGAGGCUCUGAGUCCUAGGUUUGCACCUGAGCGAGGCUGGCAGCAGCGGGCGCUCGCUCCCUGGCUCUCCGUGCCAAGCUUCCCUCCUCCGCGGGGAUCGGCGCAGCCUCUCGCCCGCUCUGCCUGUCACGCUGGGGCUGGGGCUGCAGCGGUGGCAGCCAGCGCACCCAGUCCCUUCGCUCCGCUCCGCGGCCAGCCGGGCGCCUCCUGCCCGCUCAGCUGCUCUCUACCCCGGCGUCUCUGUUCAUGGCACAUCGGGGCGGCCCCGGUUGCAGGAGCCCGGCAGACGGCUCGGCUUCAGGCGGUGACUGCUCUACUUGAAAAAUACGUGCUCAGUCAGCAAAAGGAACACUACUUUUCAAAACCGUUCUAUGUGGAAAUCAAUCCAUGCCCUAUUACCUGGUUGAGUGAAACCAGAUUAAGAACUUCUGCCAUGGCAGCUCUUCUACUAGGAGCUUUGCUGCUUAUUGUUCAACCUCAUAUAGUGCCUUCCAGACCAGCUGUAAUUUCUAAGGCUGAGGCCACUUCUCAAUCUGCUCAGAAAGAGCUUUUAAAGAAAACAGUUCUCAAAAAUGACUUCAAAGGAAACAUUCAUUUUAACGGAUCUUGCCAGCAGCUACCACAAACUAUCAUUAUUGGAGUAAGAAAAGGUGGAACAAGAGCCUUAUUAGAGAUGUUGAGUCUCCAUCCAGAUAUUGCAUCAGCUGAAAGUGAAGUCCAUUUCUUUGACUGGGAAGAUCAUUAUGGAAAUGGAUUGCAGUGGUAUAUGAAUCAAAUGCCAUUCUCUUAUCCCCAUCAGAUCACAGUGGAAAAAACCCCAGCCUAUUUCACUUCACCCAAAGUGCCUGAAAGAGUUUAUAACAUGAACCAGUCAAUGAGACUACUCCUUAUUUUAAGAGACCCAAGCGAGAGAGUACUAUCUGAUUACACCCAAGUGUUCUAUAAUCAUGUACAAAAGCACAAGCCAUAUCCAUCCAUUGAAGAAUUCCUGAUUAAAGAUGGUGAACUCAAUGUGGACUACAAGGCAAUAAACAGAAGCUUAUAUUACUUUCACAUGCAAAACUGGUUGAAGUAUUUUCCUCUUGAUUACAUUCACAUUGUAGAUGGGGAUAAACUAAUCAAAGAUCCUUUCCCAGAAAUAGAGAAGGUAGAGCGGUUUCUAAGGUUGUCACCUCAAAUAAAUGCUUCAAACUUUUACUUCAAUAAAACGAAAGGCUUCUAUUGCCUAAGGGAUAGUGGUAGGGAACGUUGUUUACAUGAGUCAAAAGGAAGAGCACACCCUCAUGUAGAUUCUCAUUUACUUGAUAAACUGCAUGAAUAUUUUCAUGAACCUAAUAGGAAAUUCUUUGAGCUUGUUGGCAGAACAUUUGACUGGCACUAAUUUGUGUUAAGUUAUUGAUAAGCUUCAGAGCCUAAGUUUCAGUGUACGCUUAGAAAUUAUAUAAAAAAGGGCAUUUAAACUAUAAUUUAUUUGUAAAAUCCAUAAAUACUUCUGUACAGUAUUAGUUUCACAAUUGCCAUAUAAACUAGUUAUAUUUUUCUACUUGUUAAAUUUGAAGACAUUUUGUAUUGUUUUUCAUGGUUGUUACAUUGUGUAUUACGUCUCUAUACGAAGGAACUAAAAUAUUUCACUGCAGAAGAUGCUUUCUUGAGAUUGUGUUAUCUGUUUAAUAUAUAAGAAAUUCAUUUCAACAAAAUCCUUCAGAAUUAUCUGAAUCUUUGAAAUAUAAUAUCUGGACUUUCUCUCUUUAUUGUGAAUGACCACGUAAACUUUGCACUUCUUUUUGUUGUUUUUUUACUAGCGGCUUUAAUUUUAAAAUGUCACCAGGCAGCAAAGUUCUCUAACCUGCUUUAUACAAUUAAUUCUUACUAAAGUGAUACCUCACAUACUUAUUAGGACAUGACAUGUCAGGUACAAUGGAAUACUCUGUAAACAGACAUACUGACUUCCGUACUUACCUUCAUAUUUAAUUUCAUAACGGGUGCCCCUGACAUUCUUUGGCAGUACAAUGCCAGUUUCAUGGUACAUUUUAAAAGAUUCUGUGGAUACAUGCUCAUAAAAAACACUAUUUG